AUGGAUGUAAAAGGUCCAGGUUGCUACAAGAUUGCCACAAUUUUCAGCUGUGCUCAGACGGUAGUUCUUUGUGUCAGUUGUUCAGCAGAGUUGUGCCAACCCACAGAAGGAAAGACCAGGCUCACCGAAGGGUGUUCAUUUAGAAGAAAGCAACACUGA